CUCUAAUCACAUUAUCCUAAACGCCAAUUCGCCUGAUACUUAGAAUGCAUGUGUUUCUGUUUACUUCAGACAAAUAUCUUCAAUGGAGGCGAAGUACAUUGUAGCAAUAAUUUGCAUACUGGUUUUCGUGGCCUUUGUUUCAACACUGUUCUUCAAAUUCAGGCAUAAAUUUCUAGUCACAUGCUCGAUCGUUGCAAUACUGCUUUCACUGUGCUCCGCAUGCAUAUGUUUAUCAGUUUGUGAAAAAUAUGAAUUAACUAAUGAAAUGUGGUGUCGUCUUUUAAUUAUUUUCACAAUUUUGGAAGAUAUGUCAACAAUUGUCUUUAUUUUCUUGACGAAAAGAUUGAAAAUAAAGGUGGAAAUUGCACUGUGGGCUUUAUCAUUGACAAGUGUGGUUAUCGCAAUCGUUUUUAUUGUUGUAGGAUGUGAUAGGAUUUAUGAAAGUGCAAAUGGUGGGAGUCCAAGACCUACAUUUGAUGCAUUGUUUACGCUGAAGGGCGCAGGCAAAUACUCAGGAAGCGGUAGUUUACCACAUUUAGUUCAUCAAAUGUGCGUACGUAUAUCUUUCUGA